AUGUGGAACUCACUAAAAGCAUUCGCUCUAGUGUUCGGAGGUUGUUGCUCCAAUGUUAUUACAUUUGAAACCUUAAUGAGCAACGAAACAGGCAGCAUUAAUAAUCUCAUUACUUUUUGUCAAUUUUUAUUUGUUACAUGUCAGGGACUCCCCGAAUUUCUGGAUGUUCAUCAACCUUUCCCUUACUUCAAGCCUCUGAAAACUCCACUUCACGUUUAUGUCAUUACUGUCGUUUUAUUUUAUAUUUCAUCUACGACGAAUAAUAACGUAUUUAAAUACAACAUAUCCAUUCCGAUUCAUAUCGUUUUCAGAUGCUUCGGAACCGUAAUAACCAUGUUUACAUGCUGGUUAUUAAAUGGUAGGAAAUAUACAAAGAUUCAGAUUUUAUCAACACUAUUUUUAACCAUUGGAGCUAUAAUUGCCUCAUUAUUCAAAGAUGCUGAUUUUCGGUACCAAGAUUUGAAACUGCAAGCGUGGAAAAUUGGAAGUGACCAAUCUGUAGAUCUCACUUUUAUUUUUGGCAUUUGUAUACUAGUACUUUCAUCAUUCACAUCAUCUUUACUUUCAGCAUACAAUGAACGUACGUAUCAAAAAUAUGGAAAGCAUUGGAAGGAGAAUAUCUUUUACAGUCAUUUUUUAUCAUUACCUCUCUUUCUAUUUAGUCGAAAGCAGUUAAUUCACGAAUAUCGAGUGAUGAGAAAGUCUGAAAGAAUAUUGUGUUCAAAUUUUGGAGGGAAGAUUCUAGUCCCGCGAGAAGAAACUCUCCUUCUUUUCAAUGUGUUAACACAAUAUUUUUGCGUCAAGGGUGUUAAUAUCCUCGCCAGUAAAACAAACGCUCUGACACUUUCCAUAACAUUACUUGUAAGAAAAUUUAUAAGUCUUUUACUGAGCGUCCGACUUUUCGAUAAUAACUUGUCAUAUACUGGCUACAUCGGGGUCUACCUAGUCUUUUUUGGUGCCUUUAUAUACUCGCUGGGAUCAAUUCACCCCAGGCAAAAUGACAAGGGGGCGAUAAAGAAAAGUAAAUGA